UGGUUGCCAAGGCGACGCCUGGGAAAAUGGCUGCGGCGUCUUCAUCGGAUUCCGACAGCGGGCGAGCUGAGAGCAACGAAGCCAAUUCUAAAUGGCUGGACGCACACUACGACCCCAUGGCCAACAUCCACACCUUCUCCUCCUGCCUGUCACUGGCAGAUUUGCAUGGCGAUGGGGAGUACAAGCUGGUGGUGGGAGACCUUGGCCCAGGUGGGCAGCAGCCCCGCCUGAAGGUGCUCAAAGGACCCACAGUGCUGACGGAAAGCCCACUGCCUGCCCUGCCGGCCUCGGCUGCCACCUUCCUCAUGGACCAACACGAGCCCAGGACACCUGCCCUGGCACUCGCCUCAGGGCCUUGUGUCUAUGUUUAUAAGAACCUUAGACCCUACUUCAAGUUCAGCCUGCCCCAGUUACCUCCAAACCCUUUGGAACAGGACCUUUGGAACCAAGCCAAAGAGGACCGGAUUGACCCCUUAACCCUGAAGGAGAUGCUGGAGGACAUCAGGGAAAAGGCAGACGUGCCUUUGUCUGUGCAGUCACUCAGGUUUCUGCAGCUGGAGCUGAGUGAAAUGGAGGCGUUUGUGAACCAACACAAGUCCAAGGUUAUCAAGCGCCAGACAGUCAUCACCACCAUGGCCACCCUGAAGAAGAACCUGGCAGAUGAGGACGCAGCGUCCUGUCUGCUGCUAGGCACUGAGAGCAAGGAACUCCUAGUGCUGGACCCUGAGGCUUUCACCAUUUUGGCCAAGAUGAGCCUGCCCAGUGUCCCUGUCUUCCUGGAGGUUUCCGGCCAGUUUGAUGUGGAGUUCCGGUUGACUGCUGCCUGCCGAAAUGGGAACAUCUAUAUCCUGAGAAGAGACUCCAAACACCCCAAGUACUGCAUCGAGUUGAGUGCCCAGCCGGUGGGGCUGGUCCGGGUACACAAGGUCCUGGUGGUGGGCAGCACCCAAGAGAGUCUGCAUGGCUUCACCCACAAGGGUAAGAAGCUGUGGACAGUGCAGAUGCCUGCAGCCAUCCUGACCAUGAACCUCCUGGAGCAGCGAUCCCGAGGCCUGCAAGCUGUCAUGGCUGCUCUGGCCAAUGGGGAAGUCCGAAUUUACCGAGACAAGGCCCUGCUCAAUGUCAUCCAUGCCCCGGAUGCAGUAACCAGCCUGUGCUUUGGCCGAUACGGGCGGGAAGACAACACCCUCAUCAUGACUACUAGAGGUGGCGGCCUGAUCAUCAAGAUCCUGAAGCGCACAGCAGUGUUUGUGGAAGGGACGGGUGAGGUGGGCCCACCGCUAGCACAAACCACAAAACUCAGUGUGCCCCGAAAGACCCGGCUGUAUGUGGAUCAGACCCUGCGGGAGCGGGAAGCUGGCACAGCCAUGCACCGGACCUUCCAGACCGACCUCUACCUGCUGCGCCUGCGAGCUGCCAGAGCCUAUGUCCAGGCCCUGGAGUCCAGCCUGAGCCCCAUGUCAACCACAGCUCGGGAGCCCCUCAAGCUGCAUGCUGUGGUUCAAGGCCUGGGCCCCACCUUUAAGCUCACACUUCACCUGCAGAAUACCUCAACGGCCCGUCCGGUCCUGGGGCUGCAGGUCUGCUUCCUGUACAACAAGACGCUCUAUGCCCUGCCUCGGGCCGUCUUUAAGGUUCCCUUGCUGGUACCAGGACUCAGUUACCCACUGGAAACCUUUGUGGAGAGUCUCAGUAGCAAGGGCGUCUCAGACAUGAUCAAGGUGCUCGUGCUCCGGGAAGGCCAGAGUGCGCCCCUGCUGAGUGCCCACAUCAACAUGCCUGUGAGUGAGGGUCUGGCAGCAGCCUGAGCCUCCACAAAAUGGAGCCUUUCGGAUCCAGUGACUUCCAGGAUUGCCAGACUACUUCCCCAGCAGCAGUGUAGUGAGACAUCAGCUCCCUGUUCCUCUCUGACACAGACCCUUGCUCCCCACGUCUGCCAGUGGCCUGAGCAACAAGACACGGGGUGCUCAGAAUCAGCUCCUUCUCCUCGGAACCCACUCACACACUGCCCUCAGUUCCUGCUGCCUGCCACUCCCCAGGUCCCAGGAAGAGAUGUCAGGUGGUCAGGGCGAGCAUAGCCUCAGUCCGUCCGUCCGUCCGUCCGUCCUUCCUUCCACUCACCUAUUUCAGAUUGAGAGCACAGUUGAUCGAGGGUUUAGAUGUCGGCUGGUACUGAUCCUCUGUUGCCCUUUGAAGUUGCAGGGGUGUGGGUGCUGCCAUCUUGGUUUACAGGCACGUGCUAAGCUUUCUCAGCUGAAGAGGGUCUCCACUUUCUACCCUGAAGCCCAGGAGUCACGGGGCUCAGUCCCCAGGUCCUAGACGAGCCACAGAGAUUGUCAGAGGAGCUGGUGCCAGAAGUAGACGGGGUCCGUGUGAGGAGCUAGAUCCACACAGCAGCUGCUCCCGAGUGGGUGCCCAUGGCCAGAGGCACUGUUCUGAAAUGGAAUGCGGAGCUAGAUAGCGAAGCUGGGGCUGGUGGCACUGGGAGAGGUCUGGACCUGAGACCUGGGAAGUGACCUAGGAGGCAGAUGCCGACAAGUGCCUGUCGGAAUGCACUUAGGUCCAGGCGCCCGAGAUGGUCCUGCGGGUGGAAUGUUGGCUGUGCAGUGGCCAGCAGGUGCCUGGGCUCACGGAAAAGGUGCACACCAGGGGUAGGGAACGAAGCCGAAGACUGAAGGAAGUGUGCUCAGAUCUCAAGGGUCAGGACCCCUGGCCCUCCUCAGAGGCUGUUCUGAAUCACUUGAGAAGCAGGAGCCCUGCUCCCUGGAGAGCAACAUUUUUUCCCAGUCUGAUCAGGUUCAGCCUGGUGUGUGGCACCCAGCUUAGGCUUGCAAGCUUCCACCUCCUCUGCAGUGUGAGAGAGACUUGCCUGGAUUAACUCUAAGCCGUUGUCAGCCCUGGCACCAUUAGAGCUUGGCAGCUCCUCAGGAGAAAGGGAAGCCUUGCUCCGAGAAGGUGAGACUUAAUGGCACAGCUUUGUCCACAAAACCAAUGUCUCCAAGCUGACCACCACUGCCCAGUAACAGCCUCUGCGCCCACUCGGGGACCAGGAUGACCCUUCCAAAGGGUACUUCAGAGCCCAGGCUAAGAGACAGUGGGUCUGGACCAAAGAAACAUCCUCGUUCUCCUAUUGCCCAUCUCCCUCGAGACAGGCACUACCUGAGCAAGGAGAGCAAAGGGUUCUUUGUGCAUCAUCCAGUGAGGCACAGCUGGACCACGCUGGAGGUCUAACUGGAGAUGGGAAGAUGGGGUAGGGGAGGGGGCGUUGCUGUGAGUCACAAACCCCAGCCUAACCUGCACAGAAAACAGGAAGGCCUGCCCAAGUUGCUGAGCCCUUGUCACUGUCAUGUGAGCAGGGCUGUGCUCUCAUGGGGCCAGGUUGUGUGUUGGGUCAUGACAUCCUAGUCCCUUUCACCCAAGUCAUGCUGUGAAAUCAGAACAAAAAUAUUUGAUGUGUGCACUCAUGAUGAUACAAGGGCUGAGACAUAUGACCAGGUCCUACCAUAAAACACAGUGUCAUACUAUGUGUGCCUAGUAAGAAAUGCAUGCCAUGCACCUUAUGCACGUAAAAGAACAUGAAGCAUAAACAGUGCAGAGUGUCCAGGACCCACGGAAGUGAGAGCUCUAGGAAACUGAACCUUACGGGUGAGAAGAGACUAAAGUAAAAUGCCCUCUUCCCAUUCCACAGGACCAUUCCUGUACAACAGCCAUCUUCAUUAACUAUUUUAUUUUUUGGUUUUUCGAGACAGGGUUUCUCUGUGUAGCCCUGGCUGUCCUGGAAC